AGUCAGCUGCGCGAGCGUGCAUAGCGGCGCAGCCACGUGAUGUCAUCACCUCGCGCCCUGCUGGCCUCCUCUCCUCAUACCCGUCGAAGCCGUGCGUUAGUGGGCGAGAGAGCGCCGGCGGCAGGAUGGGGCUGCCGGCUGUGGCUCCGGUGUUGAGGCGGAGGCUUCCCAGAUUGAAGCCAUUCAACAGGCUACAGGUCAUUGUAGAACAUUUGAGUAUGUCCAAGACGGCAGCUUCUUCCUCUGAGGUUCUCUUGGAAAAAAAGGGGUGUGCUGGUGUUAUAACCAUGAACAGACCCAAGGCUCUGAAUGCAUUAAAUAUAUCCAUGAUUCGACAGAUGUAUCCACAACUGAAGAAAUGGGAGAAGGACCCUGACACCUUUUUAAUAAUAAUAAAGGGAGCUGGAGACAAAGCUUUCUGUGCAGGAGGCGAUAUCAGAGCUAUCGUUGAAGCAGGAAGAGCGGGAGAAGGGAUGCCACAGUAUUUCUUCAGAGAAGAGUACGCCUUGAACAAUGCUAUCGGCACCUGCCAGAAGCCAUACGUGGCGCUUAUUGAUGGGAUUACAAUGGGAGGUGGUGUCGGUGUGUCUGUUCAUGGGCACUUCAGAGUCGCUACAGAGAAGACGGUUUUUGCAAUGCCAGAGACAGCCAUUGGUCUUUUUCCUGACGUAGGUGGAGGCUACUUCUUGCCAAGGCUUUCAGGGAAGCUGGGAUAUUUUCUUGCCAUGACUGGAUUCAGGUUGAAAGGAAAAGAUGUUCACAAAGCGGGAAUUGCUACUCACUUCAUAGAAGCAGAGAAGAUGGCUGCCCUAGAAAAGGAUUUGACGGAAUUAAAGUCCCCAUCGAAGGAAAAUGUUGCUGAUAUAUUGGAUUCGUAUCACAAGAAGUGCAAAAUUGAUCAAGAAAAAGAAUUCGUGCUUGGCGAGCACAUGGACAAGAUUAACAGCUUAUUUUCAGCAAACAGCAUGGAAGAAAUUGUUCAGAACCUGAAGAAGGAUGGCUCCCCUUUUGCACUUAAGCAGCUAGAGACCAUUACAAAAAUGUCUCCAACAUCUUUAAAGAUGACCUUGAGGCAGCUUAGAGAAGGAGCUUCCCUGAGCCUGCAGGAUGUGUUCACCAUGGAGUACAGGCUGAGCCAAGCUUGCAUGCGAGGCCAUGACUUCUAUGAAGGCGUCCGAGCAGUGAUAAUUGACAAAGAUCAGUCUCCAAAGUGGAAGCCAGCCGUUUUGGAAGAAGUAACAGAUGAAUAUUUGGACUCAUGCUUUAAGUCUCUUGGAAGCGGUGAUCUCAAAUUAUAAAAGAUUUGGACUAAUGCUGUGCCUCUUUUAGCUCUAGCUUUUACUUAAAGCAACUAAUGAAUAAUUUUGAAUUUGACAUAUUUGGGAUAACUGGCAUUGAGUGAAAUGCUCAUCGCUGUUGUAUCAAGUACUGGGGUCAAAUAUUGGUCUAGAGGGAAUUGUUGGGGCAGUGCUAUCCAGGGGUUAGCCAGAUAUCCAUCCUAGAGCUUUAUCACCUGUGUGUUUGCAUUUUUACUUUUCCAUGUAAAAUGAACAAGAUUAUUUCAUAUAAAGACUCAGAUAUCCUUGAAUCAACUAAA